GCAUUGUCCAACUUCGCAAGAGCGGCGGCAGGAUGACACUGCCACCAUUGAUAGCGACCUACGCUGUGCUGGUGUACCUGAGUGAGAAGGAGACACCAGUGGCCAAGUCAAGCAAGACCGAAUGGACGUCCUUAAACUUGAUCGCUAAGAAUGGGAGUAAUGGCUCGCUUGUCGUGUCUACAGGCUCCGAAGCAACCACCUCGUUCAAGCAAGUGCUGGACAUGGGCCACGCUACCGACAAGACUUCCAUCCUGAAGGCGCUGUCAAUCCCUCAUCUUGUCCUGACUACUUCCAUCGACAUUUGCGCCACGCUGGCCAAUGCGGCGACGGUGGAAUGCGCACCGCCGCAUGCUCUGGCAUCCCGCGUUCUUGCAUUUAUAGCGUCGUCCAAGCGCAGCAUUGUGGUACUGCACUUGGACUUGUCAGAGAUGAACGAUGCCCUGAACGAGUGUUUAGUAUCUCUGUCCACCAACGUCGACUCGACGUGCUUUGUGGGUAUCGUUAAAGAAUCCACCAGCCGACCUCCAGCCCACAACCCCACCGACAUUCCAUUUCCAGUGCCGCCGCAAAGCUGGCUCAAGCGGAACGGCCAGUACGAGACCCUCUCGGCAGCUUCCUGGCUCGUGUAUUCGUUCUACCUCCGCCACCAGUCGCGCCAAGAUACAGUGGCGACGUUCAACGACGCCGCCAUCUUCAGCCUGGGCGGGUACAGUUCCAUGCAAGCGCAUGUGGCUUUGCGAGAAAUUUCCUUCCGGUUGGGUCAUGUGGCCAAAUAUGGUGCUUGAUAUCGUGACCAAACGCACUGUAAAUUGCUAGUAUUACGAAAUAACACACCUCGGUUGAUCGAAGGUAGAGAGGCGUACUGAAGUACCCAAGAGCUAAAGAUGCAUGUGGCUAAGACGAGUUUAGCGUACUG